GUGGCAGCAGAGGCACGGACUGAUGUGACGGCGAUAGAAGAAGAAAACAUUCUCAUGUUCCUUCGCAGAAAACUGGGGCUACAAACACUGAGUACAGACAGACAACACUAACAGGGCUUUUAUCGUGCAUGCAACAAGAUUGGUCACCAUGACAACAAAGCGUGGACUGAUAACGGACACAUUUAAGGUGGUGAAGAAAUCAAGGAGAGGGGGAAUGAGAGAGAAGAGUCCCACACCUCCUUUAUUACAGCAAGAUGUUGCUUCAACUAUCAGAGAGGAGGAGAUGCAGAAGCUCAGACUGUUUGACCUGGACUGGAGAUUUGGGCCCUGCACCGGCAUCAACAGGCUACAGAGGUGGGAGAGAGCCAAGCUUCAUGGUCUCCACCCAUCUGAGGAAAUCAGAGAGCUGCUGUUGCAAACACAUGCUGACCCUGAGUACUCCCUGAGUCUUUGGAGUGAAUAUCCUUUCUGAAGAAAACAUCAUGAAGAGGAAAAAGAUCCAGACUUUUGUGUCAAGAGUGCUGAUAUCUUGUUGUUUAUGGCAGUGUUUGGUAUUUCUCUUCUCUUUCACCCAAAAGUUUUUUAUUGUUAUACGAUCACUAAAUCCCUUGCUUUUUGUUUUUGUGAUGGAUACUUUGGUUGUAGAUUCCACUGCAUUAGUCAGGAAGCGUCUUUAUCACUUAUGUAUUCUUUUAUCCUCUCCUCUAUCUCCAUAUUAGCAAACAUUUUUUUCAGACUUUUAUUAAGUGAUUUAACAACGUAGUUUCCUUUUUCCUCUUACAUCUCUGUGAGAUUAUAGAUAAUAGAAGUGGGCCAACAUGUUAUUUAAACCUACACAAACUUCACUUAUAAAGUCUUUAGUCUGCUGAAUGUUCCUGGGCAAAGAGACUGAUGUAACUGGUUUAAUUAAAAUAAUAAGUCAUUUGUUUAAUUUAUUAUGUGUUCUUAAUUUAUUUUGUGUUAUUUUGUGAGGAAUAAUUUUACUAGACACACUGCAGUUUAGAAUGUGAAAAAUCGGAUUGUGCUUACAGAAGUAAAGCAAAUCAGUUUCAAAGGGCGGCAACUGUUAUAAUAGGUAUUACUUUAGCCAGACUAUUCGAAACGCUGAUUGGUUCUUAUGCGUGUCAGUUUAGUGUCAGCAGACGCACCUUUCGCUGAGUGGUCAAAACGUAGACAGAGUCAGCAUCUUUGUCUCUCAUUUCGCUGAUUGGUUAAAUAGGGCUGUUAUGAUUUCUCGUUACUAUUUGCUUAUUUUUGCCCGUGGAAAUGUUGAUGACGUUCAUUGGAAGUUUGGCUGUCGGUCACAAUAAACAAGUAAGUUCUCUUUU